AUGCUCAUAUCGUUUAUAACUGGCAUGCCAAUCAAGGAGUAUGAAAAACCAGAUGUUAUUGAUAAGUAAGAUAAUUGAUAUUAUGUACUUACAAAACAUGAAAUAUUGCAACUGUUUUGCUGUCUAUGAAUUUAGAAUUGCUAAAAACUGCAACGAUAAAAAGAAUAAUUAUUGCCAAAAUAAUAUUAGAAGCUGGUUAAAAAUUAUAUGCUGUUAAUUUGGUUAGUAAACUAGAAUUCAAAGAAGAACAAGCAUUGGUAUUUGAUGUAAAGAACCUUUUUUUGAAGCCGUAAUUCCGUCAAUGAAUAUCAAUAUUAAUGUUUGUAGCAAAAUGUGGUUCAUUAGUUUGACAACUAAAUUUGAUUUAUUAAUAAAAAUAAUUAAUUUUUAGUACUAGAAUCAAACAAGCUUUAUUAGAGGUUCUUUGAACAUGGAGCAUUUCGUUAUUAAUGAUAAACAAACAUUGACAAUCAUUUGGGACAAAAUAAACAACAUUAAGCAGACAAUACAACUCUUUAGCAGAGUAAACUUGAAGAUAAUAAAGCAAAGAGAUCGUUUGUGCCUAAAAACUGUUUAAAUUAGGAAUAAUUAGAAUUUGAGGGUUUAAAUUAGGGUGAACAUAUGUCCCAUAUUAUACGGGAUUGUUCCGUAUUUCAAAUUUUCCUGAUGGAAAAAAAGAAAAACGAACCCGUUUUUCUUUCCUGGUGAUUUUGGAUUGAACUGCAUAGGAAUGCUCCAUCCUUGGAUCCUCCUCCCGUAGGAUGAAAGCUGGUUUCAGGCAUUCCACGGACAGCCAAGCGGUACGGUUGUUGUAUUGAACCUUGAUAUUUUCCUUUCGAUUUCUUUCGUCUUUUCGAAUCAGGACGGGAAAUGGCCCUUCGUUACGUGGACUGAGCGGUGAGCGAUGAUGGAAUUGAUACAGACGAAAACGUGACUUACUUUUUUAACAUCGGCGGGAAUGAAGAUGGAACGACUCGAGUUAUGAUUGGCGACGGGAACAGGUCGCAUUAAGCUCGUGGUGUUACAGAGGGUGUUGAUGAGCCCAGGGUACUAGAAGUCGGCGGGAACGGGAUGAAGUAGUUCGCCGGGCAGGCGAAGAACUAUACCGUAAACUAGUUCGACCAGUGUUGCCGAUAUCUGGUUUGACCUUAUUCCGUAGUACCAACAGGACUACUGGCAGGCCAAGUGUCCAAUUUGGGUUAUUGCGACUUGUAAGCGAUGACUUUAGCAUCUGGUGGAAUCGCUCGAUGAGGCCAUUUGAGCGUGGGUGUUAAGGCCAUGUUCGAAUAUGUCGGAUGCCGAAGGAGUUCAACAGAGAACGGAAAAGGUCGGACUCAAAUUGUUGACUUUGGUCGAUCGUGACCACGUCUGGUACGCCGAAAUUUGCUAUAUAUUGCGUAGUGAGUGUUACGGCGGCUGUGUGCGCUGUAAUAUUUUCCAACGGCCAAGCAUCGCGUUAAUACACAUUAAUAUGUAUUUGCAACCGUUUGAAGAAGGCAGUGGAACUACAAAAUCAAGAUGAAUGUGUCAAAAAUGACGUUUUAGUGGAGCGAAGGGUGCUAUGGCGUUGUGUUUUGGUGCUUCGGCACUGGAUGCAGCACUUAGUCCAACGGCCGAUUUAGCGGUUUAUACCGGAUCAACAGUACCGAGUUUUGAUUAAACGUAGGGUAGCGGCACGACCUCCGUGGGAUUAACGUGUAUAGUGACGAAAACGUCGUUGCGGUGUUGUUAUGGAACAAACAUUCAUGAGCGAUCGAUUAGGUGAUCGGCGUACAGGGUAGCGUGCACGGUGUUGUGUGAUUUCAGACGCAAUGAACUUUUCAUGGUGCCUGUAAUUAACUUUUAAAGUUUGAGGUCAGUGGCCUGGUCCACUGACCAUUGCUUGAUAUCGGGCAAUUGUUUUUCUGUGGCUUCCAAACGCGAAAAAGCGUCCGAGACGACAUUCUUCUCACCCUCGACGUGUUCAACAGUAAGGAUAAACUGUAAGAGAAAAGAACUUUGGCAAACCUGUCGAUCUAGGUUUUUUUCUGACUUGAUUGGUAAACAUAAAGAGGAGUGGUUUGUGGUCGGUGAAUAGUGUGGUAAAUCAUCCUUCAAUGAUAUGUAAAAACUGUUGAGUGCUUAGGUAAAUUGCCAACAGCACGUGGUCAGUAAACAACAGUACUGUACCUAGUUUGGGCAUCAGACAAUUUCUUUGAAAAAAAAACCGAGUGGAUGCCAUACGUUGUCGACUUUCUGAUCAAGAAGAGCGCCAAUUUCUGUGUUUGAAGCGUCUACACAGAAGCCUAGAGACGUGUCGUGGUUUGGAUGCGAUAGUUUUGCGGUGUCCGCGAGAGCUGUGCGAUACGAGUUGAAGCUUAUCCAGGUUGACUCUGUCAAUGUAAGCGGGCCAUCUAGUUUUUUAAUCUUAGCUGUGAGAACAUAAAAAGGCACUUGGAUUGAAGCUGCGUUGAGGAUAAAUCGUCUGUAAAAAUUGACGGAGCCGAUUAUUCUCAGCAAUCCCUUCUUAGUAGUCGAAAGUGACCACUCAUUUAUGGCGAUGAUAUGUUUCGAGUUCGGUUAGCAAGUAUUUUCGUUGAUAAUAUGUCCAUGGAACGACAGUAAUUUGAUGGUGAAGAUGCAUUUCGCCGGGUUGAUAGCGAUAUCCUAAUCGCGGCAACGUUGAAGGACGACGCGAACAUGCUGUUCAUGGCCCUCGCGCGGGUGGGGGAUACGAUGAGAGCAUCGUUGAUAUAUGCAAAUGCAUAUUUCAGACUACGCAACAUAUUGUUGAUCACGCGCUGGAAAGUCUGCGCUGCAUUCUUAAGGCCGAAACACAUUAUAGAAAAUUCAAACAGCCAACAAGCCGAAAGGAGUCAACGAGGGCGUGAAUAAACCGGAGCUCGUGGACAACGUUGUGUAAGAAUUUUUCGGGAAUCAGGGACUCACGGGUUACUUGCGGAAAAUCCUUCAGAAUCUCCGGAUACCUGUGCAGCUGCGAUGUGGAGAGGACCUUAACGGAGAGUUUGCUAAAGUGGACAGGCUGGACAUAUUACCGAUAUUACUGACUAAACGUUUGCAGCAGAUGUCGAUUAGUAAAUCAGAAUAA